GGAGUCUGAUGGGGUCUGAUGGAGUCUGAUGGAGUCUGAUGGGGUCUGAUGGAGUCUGAUGGGGUCUGAUGGAGUCUGAUGGGGUCUGAUGGAGUCUGAUGGGGUCUGAUGGAGUCUGAUGGAGUCUGAUGGGGACUGAUGGAGUCUGAUGGGGUCCAUAUGACACUAACUGAGGUGUGUUUCUGGUGUUUCAGUGAGUGGGGACAUGAACUCCAUCCUGGGUGACCACACCAAGGCUCUGAUUGGUCAGCUCAUCAUCUUCAACCAGAUCCUGGGAGAGCUGAGACAGGACAUCAGAGAACAGGUUUCCAGGAGCCACGUUCCCGCUGUUCUCCUAACCCCUGCUACCAGGGCGUGUCCUGUAUGGAGAGUCUGCAUUAUCCUGGUUACACCUGUGGACAAUGUCCACCUGGAACCACCGGCAACGGGACGCACUGUCACGACAUCAACGAGUGUGAGCUUCAGCCUUGUUACACACCUGAGUCCUGUGUGAACACUGUGGGGGGGUUCACCUGUCACCCCUGUCCCCUUGGCCUGUGGGGUGUCCCGCUGUCUGGAUCUGGACUGGACUAUGCAAAGACACACAGACAGGACUGUGUGGACCUCGAUGAGUGUCUGGAUCUCCCCGACGCCUGCGUGUCCAACUCUGUGUGCAUCAACACCGUGGGUUCAUAUAAGUGCGGAGGCUGUAAACCCGGUUUCCUGGGGAACCAGACGUCGGGCUGCUCCCCCAGGAAGUCGUGCGCCGCGUUGACCUUUAACCCCUGUGACUCCAACGCCCACUGCACCAUGGAGAGGAGCGGGGAGGUCGCCUGCAGGUGUAACGUGGGCUGGGCUGGUAACGGUAACACAUGUGGACCGGACACGGACAUCGACGGCUACCCCGACCGCUCUCUGCCCUGCAUGGACAACGACAAGCACUGCAAACAGGACAACUGUGUCUUCACACCGAACUCCGGUCAGGAGGACGCCGACAACGACGAGAUCGGAGACCAGUGUGACGAGGACGCCGACGGGGACGGCAUCAAGAACGUGGAGGAUAACUGCCGGCUGGUCCAGAACAGAGAGCAGCAGAACUCUGACACGGACUCGUUCGGGGACGCUUGUGAUAACUGUCCCCGAGUCCCCAACGCGGACCAGAGGGACACGGACAGCAACGGACAGGGAGACGCCUGCGACCAGGACAUUGACGGGGAUGGUAUUCCCAACGUUCUGGACAACUGUCCCAAGGUACCGAACCCGAUGCAGACGGACAGAGACCGAGACGGAGUGGGGGACGCCUGUGACAGCUGUCCUGAGCUCAGUAACCCCAUGCAGACCGACGCUGACAACGACCUGGUGGGAGACGUGUGUGACACCAACCAGGACACGGACGGAGACGGCCUCCAGGACUCCAGGGACAACUGCCCCGACAUCCCCAACAGCUCCCAGCUGGACUCGGACAACGACGGCCUGGGAGACGACUGCGACCACGACGACGACAACGACGGCGUCCUGGACGACCACGACAACUGCCGCCUGGUCGUCAACCCCAACCAGAAAGACUCUGACCUGAGCGGGGUCGGUGACGUCUGUGAGAAGGACUUUGACAACGACUCGGUGAUGGAUCUGGUGGACGUGUGUCCGGAGAGCGCCGAGGUCACGCUGACCGACUUCAGAGCCUACCAGACGGUGAUCCUGGACCCGGAGGGCGACGCCCAGAUCGACCCCACCUGGGUGGUCCUUAACCAGGGCAUGGAGAUCGUCCAGACCAUGAACAGCGACCCCGGCCUCGCUGUGGGCUACACGGCGUUCAACGGCGUGGACUUCGAGGGAACGUUCCACGUCAACACGGUGACGGACGACGACUACGCCGGCUUCAUCUUCGGCUACCAGGACUCCUCCUCCUUCUACGUGGUGAUGUGGAAGCAGACGGAGCAGACCUACUGGCAGCCGGCCCCCUUCAGGGCCACGGCGCAGCCCGCCCUGCAGCUCAAGGCAGUGAAGUCCAAGACCGGACCGGGAGAGUUCCUGAGGAACGCCCUGUGGCACACCGGAGACACACCUGGGGAGGUGAAGCUGCUCUGGAAGGACCCGCGGAACCUGGGCUGGAAGGACAAGACCUCGUACCGCUGGCACCUCAGCCACCGGCCGCAGGUGGGCUACAUCAGGGUGAGUCUGUUUGAGGGCACCGACAUGGUGGCGGACUCCGGCGUCGUCGUGGAUACCACGAUGAGAGGCGGUCGGCUCGGCGUCUUCUGUUUCUCGCAGGAAAACAUCAUCUGGUCCAACCUGCGCUACCGGUGCAACGACACGGUGCCCGAAGACUUCCAGACUCAUCGUAAACAAGUCCUAUUGCACAUCCAGCUGUGAGACACACACACACACACAACUACACACAUACACACAAAACUACACACACACACACACACACCUAUAGAAAGGCUUUUAUUGUGAAAACAUGACAGAAGAAUGUGUUUAUGACUGAAUUAGCAGCCGUCCAAGGAAACAAACCUUUAUUGUGAAAAAUGGACAGGGAAUGAAAUGUCCUUUGAAGUGUCCAAAAGGACACAUGAGAGGAAACAAGAGAGGAAACAUCAGAGGACACAUGAGAGAACAAAUGAGGAAGCAUGGGAGGACACAUGAAGACACAUGGGAACAUAUGAGGACACAUGGGAACAUAUGAGGACAUGAAGACACAUGGGAACAUAUGAGGACACAUGGGAACAUAUGAGGACGCAUGGGAACAUAUGAGGACACAUGAGAACAUAUGAGGACACAUGGGAACAUAUGAGGAUGCAUGGGAACAUAUGAGGGCACAUGGGAACAUAUGAGGGCACAUGGGAACAUAUGAGGACGCAUGGGAACAUAUGAGGACACAUGAGAACAUAUGAGGACACAUGGGAACAUAUGAGGACGCAUGGGAAAAAAUGAGGACCCAUGGAAACAUGAGGACGCAUGGGAACACAUGAUGACCCAUGGGAACAUAUGAGGACCCAUGGGAACAUAUGAGGACACAUGCAGGAACGUAUGGGAACAUAUGAGGACACAUGGGAACAUAUGAGGGCACACGGGAACAUAUGAAGACCCAUGGGAACAUAUGAGGACACAUGAAGGAACGUAUGGGAACAUAUGAGGACACAUGGGAACAUAUGAGGACACAUGGGAACAUAUGAGGAAACAUGGGAACAUAUGAGGACACAUGGGAGGACACAUGGGAACAUAUGAGGGCACAUGAGGACACAUGGGAACAUAUGAGGACACAUGGGAACACAUGAGGACACAUGGGAACAUAUGAGGACACAUGGGAACAUAUGAGGACACAUGAGGAAACAUGGGAACAUAUGAGGACACAUGGGAACAUAUGAGGACACAUGGGAACAUAUGAGGGCACAUGAGGACACGUGAACAUAUGAGGACACAUGAAGGAACGUAUGAGGACACAUGGGAACAUAUGAGGACACAUGAGGACACAUGGGAACAUAUGAGGACACAUGGGAACACAUGAGGACACAUGGGAACAUAUGAGGACACAUUGGAACAUAUGAGGACACAUGAGUACACAUGGGAACAUAUGAGGACACAUGGGAAUAUAUGAGGACACAUGAAGGAACGUAUGGGAACAUAUGAAGACACAUGGGAACAUAUGAGGACACAUGGGAACAUAUGAGGACACAUGGGAACAUAUGAGGACACAUGGGAACACAUGAGGACACAUGGGAACAUAUGAGGACACAUGGGGACACAUGAGGACAUAUGAGGACACAUGGGAACAUGAGGACACAUGGGAACAUAUGAGAACAAAUGGGAACAUGAGGACACAUGGGAACAUAUGAGGACACGAGGGAACAUAUGAGGACACAUGGGAACACAUGAGGACACAUGGGAACACAUGAGGACACAUGGGAACACAUGAGGACAUAUGAGGACACAUGGGAACAUAUGAGGACACAUGAGUCCACAUGGGAACAUAUGAGGACACAUGGGAAUAUAUGAGGACACAUGAAGGAACGUAUGGGAACAUAUGAGGACACAUGGGAACAUAUGAGGACACAUGAGGACACAUGGGAACAUAUGAGGACACAUGGGAACAUGUGAGGACACAUGGAAACAGAUGAGGACACAUGGGAACAUAUGAGGACACAUGGGAACAUAUGAUGACACAUGGGAACAUAUGAUGACACAUGAAGGAACGUAUGAGGACACAUGGGAACAUAUGAGGACACAUGAGGACACAUGGGAACAUAUGAGGACACAUGGGAACACAUGAGGACACAUGGGAACAUAUGAGGACACAUUGGAACAUAUGAGGACACAUGAGUACACAUGGGAACAUAUGAGGACACAUGGGAAUAUAUGAGGACACAUGAAGGAAUGUAUGGGAACAUAUGAAGACACAUGGGAACAUAUGAGGACACAUGGGAACACAUGAGGACACAUGGGAACAUAUGAGGACACAUGGGGACACAUGAGGACACAUGGGAACAUGAGGACACAUGGGAACAUAUGAGAACAAAUGGGAACAUGAGGACACAUGGGAACAUAUGAGGACACAUGAGGGAACAUAUGAGGACACAUGGGAACACGAGGACAUAUGAGGACACAUGGGAACACAUGAGGACAUAUGAGGACACAUGGGACCACAUGAGGACAUAUGAGGACACAUGGGAACAUAUGAGGACACAUGAGUCCACAUGGGAACAUAUGAGGACACAUGGGAAUAUAUGAGGACACAUGAAGGAACGUAUGGGAACAUAUGAGGACACAUGGGAACAUAUGAGGACACAUGGGAACAUAUGAGGACACAUGGAAACACAUGAGGACACAUGGGAACAUAUGAGGACACAUGGGAACACAUGAGGACACAUGGGAACAUGAGGACACAUGGGAACAUAUGAGGACACAUGGGAACACAUGAGGACACAUGGGAACAUGAGGACAUAUGAGGACACAUGGGAACAUAUGAGGACAAAUGGGAACAUGAGGACACAUGGGAACAUAUGAGGACACAUGAGGGAACAUGAGGACACAUGGGAACAUAUGAGGACACAUGAGGGAACAUGAGGACACAUGGGAACAUAUGAGGACACAUGGGAACAUGAGGACACAUGGGAACACAUGAGGACAUAUGAGGACACAUGGGAACAUGAGGACACAUGAGGACAUAUGAGGACACAUGGGAACAUAUGAGGACAAAUGGGAACAUAUGAGGACAAAUGGGAACAUGAGGACACAUGAGGACACAUGAGGGAACAUGAGCACAUAUGAGGACAUAUGGGAACAUGAGGACAUAUGGGAACAUGAGGACAUAUGUUGACAUAUGGGAACAUGAGGACAUAUGGGGACAUGAGGACACAUGAGGGAACGUGAGGACAUAUGGGGACAUGAGGACAUAUGGGGACAUAUGGGAACAUGAGGACAUAUGGGGACAUAUGGGAACAUGAGGACAUAUGGGGACAUGAGGACACAUGGGAACAUGAGGACAUAUGGGGACACAUGAAAACAUAUCUGAGCUCAUCAGAUCACAAAAACAAGUUAAACGCUUUAAAUGUACGAAUGUUUGUUUAAAUAAACGUCCUGAACGAU